CCCUUUCUUCACCGGUUUCCGUGUCUGCUAAACUGUUGCUGACUGAACUUGUCCAGUUGGGCCUGACGAUCGUGGCAACUGGAUAUCUCCUCACGUCGUGACGGUCAAACUGAAACCAGUGCUGAUCUGUUUCCAAUGUUAGUUUAGCUGCAGUAUGUCAGAGGAGCGAGGAAAUGACUCUCUCUCUAAGACGAGUCUCUCAGAGGAACAGAGUGAAAGAUCAGACUCACAUGUGUCCAGCUCUGUGUCUGAGAGUGACUGCUCAAAGGAUGGUGCCUUACCGAACUUCAGUGAGAAAAAGACAUCUAUCAAAAACUCUGUGUCUGUGAAGAGUGACAGGUCAAAGGAGGGUGGCCACCCAAACUUCAGUGAGAAAACACCAUCACCAACCAAAGGGCUUAAAUAUGAAACAUUAGAUUCAGAUUUCCAGACUCACAGGAAACACAAGAAUUUCACAAAGAAUCUCCUGUGCAUCUUCCAGGAUCUUGAGAGCAAAAUAAUCACCUUACUGAGAAAUGAGCUGGAAACGUUUAAGAAAAUAUUACAAAAACAGAACACACAAUCCUUAGUGGAGGACUUUAAUGAGAACAGAUCCAGGAUCAGAGAAGCAGCUCUUGAUCUCACACUUCAUUACCUGAGAGAGAUGAAGCAAGAUGAAGCUGCUGAUGCUCUAGAAGGUAAGCUGGUCUUCAUUCAUCAGCUGAAAUGUGGCCUAAAGAAGAAGUAUCAAUGUGUGUUUGAAGGAAUUGCAAAGCAAGGUGACUCCACACUCCUGAAUAACAUCUACACAGAUCUCUACAUCACUCAGGGUAGCAGUGAACAGGUCAAUACUGAACAUGAGGUCAGACAGAUUGAAGUUGCUUCCAGACGUCAUGAAGCUCAAGAGAUACAGGUUGAAUGCACACAUUUGUUUGAAGCGCCUGAACAAGACGAGGAGAUCCGAACUGUACUGACAAAAGGAGUCGCUGGCAUCGGGAAAUCAGUCUCUGUGCAAAAGUUUGUUCUGGACUGGGCUGAAGGAAAAGAAAAUCAAGAUAUCAGCUUCAUAUUUCCUCUUCCAUUCAGAGAGAUGAACUUAAAGGAGAAAGAAAAACUAAGUUUGAUGGACCUUAUAACUCAGUUUUUCCCAGAGACAAAAGGACUGAACCUUACAAGAAGGAAUCAGUUCAAAGUGCUGUUCAUCCUUGAUGGACUGGACGAAUGUCGCCUUCCUCUGAAGUUUGAUUAUAAUGAGACGUGGCGUGAUGUAUCGUCACCAGCCUCUCUGGAUGUUCUCCUAACGAACCUCAUGAAGGGAAAUCUGCUUCCUUCUGCUCUCGUCUGGAUCACCAGCAGACCAGCAGCGGCCAGUAAGAUUCCUCCUGACUGUAUCGACCGGCUGACAGAGAUACGAGGAUUCAGUGACGCACAAAAGCAAGAGUACUUCAGAAAAAGAUUCAAAGAUGAGAAAAUGGCCAAUGAAAUCAUAGAUCAUGUUAAACAAUCAAAGAGUCUCUUUAUCAUGUGCCACAUCCCAGUCUUCUGCUGGAUUUCAGCCACUGUUCUCCAGAACAUUCUGGAGGAGAAGAGAAAUAAUGAUGUGAGAAACACUCAGGCUGAUGAGAUCUCUAAAACACUGCAGGAAUCAAACACUGAAGACACUCCCAAGACUCUGACACAAAUGUACACACACUUUCUCCGCUUUCAGAUCCAGCAGAGCCGCCGGAAAUAUGAUGGAGAAUACACACCAGAUGUUUCCUGGGAUAAAGACACUACCCUUUCACUGGGGAAACUGGCAUUUCAUCAUCUGGAAAGAAACAACCUGAUCUUCUAUGACACAGACCUGGAAGCCUGUGGUCUUGACGUCUAUAAGGCAUCAGUGUACUCAGGCAUGUGUACCCAGAUCUUUAAGGAGGAAACAGGGAUCGUUCUUGGUACCAUGUACUGCUUUGUUCACUUGAGCAUUCAAGAGUUUAUUGCAGCCCUUUAUGCACAUCUGUUUCUAGACAUCAACAAGACAAGUGUGUUUGAUCAUGAGUCUACAGAACAGGAAAGCAGAAAUGAAACCAUGAUUGAUUUUCUCAAGACUGCAGUGGACAAGGCGCUGGAGAGUGACAAUGGACACCUGGACCUUUUCCUUCGCUUCCUCCUCGGUCUGUCACUCCAGUCCAAUCGACGACUCUUACGACGUCUGUUGACACAGCGAGACGACACUGACCAGAGCAACAAGGAAAUAGUUCAGUGCAACAAGGAGAUAGUUCAGUACAUCAAGCAGAAAUUAGAAGCUAAUCUUCCUGCAGAGAGAUCCAUCAAUCUGUUCUACUGUCUGAAUGAACUGAACGACCAAACUCUGGUGAACGAGAUUCAGACCCACCUUAGCAAAGGAAGUCUCUCAUCUGCUGACCUUUCACCUGCCCAGUGGUCUGCUUUAGUCUUUGUGUUGUUGACAUCAGAGGAGGAGCUGGAGGAGUUUGAGCUUCAGAAAUUCAAGAAAUCAGACGAGUGUCUCAUUAGAUUAUCGGCAGUCAUUAAAACCUCCAAAAGAGCUCUGCUAAAUGAUUGUAACUUAACAGACAAAAGCUGUUCAGCUCUGGCUACAGUUCUUGGAUCAGAUACCAAUCUGAAAGAGCUGAACAUUAACAAUAAUAAUCUACAAGAUUCAGGAGUGAAGCUGCUCUGCACUGGACUGAAGAAUAUAAAGUGUACAUUGGAGAUAUUGAGACUUUCAGACUGCAGUAUCACUGAAGAAGGUUAUAAAGCUCUGGCUUCAGCUCUGCGAUCAAACCCUUCACACCUGAUAGAGCUGGAUCUCAGAGGAAAUGAUCCUGGAGAAUCAGGAGUGAAGGAGCUCAAUGAUUUACUGCAGGAUCCAAACUCUCAACUGAAGACACUGAGGUUUUUGAGUCCUGCUGCAGAUGAAGCCUGUCAGUAUGUGACUGGAAUUGUGGGUAAAAACCCAUUACUCACGAGAGAGCUGAAUCUGAAUGAACGUGAACUAGGAGACACAAGAGUGAAUCAGAUCGCUGCUCUACUGCAGGAUAAACACUGUAAACUCAACGCACUGAAUCUGUGGAGUUGCAGUAUUACAGAGGAACAGAGUCUCAUCCUGACUUCAGCUCUGAAAUCAAACCCGUCACACCUGAGACAUCUGGACCUGAGUGGGAAUAAACUAGGAGACUCAGGAGUGAAUCACUUAUGUGACGUACUGAAGGAUUCACACUGUAAACUGGAGGUAUUGAGCUUAAGCCGCUGUAAACUGACGGAUGAAGGUUGUUCUGCUGUGACUUCAGCUCUGAAAUCAAACCCAUCACACCUGAGACAUCUGUACCUGAGUGAGAAUAAACUAGGAGACUCAGGAGUGAAGAACCUCAGUGAUCUACUGAUGAACCCACAGUGCAAACUGGAGAAACUACUUCUGAGGAGUUGCAGUAUGACAGAGGAACAGAGUCUCAUCCUGACUUCAGCUCUGAAAUCAAACCCAUCACACCUGAGAGAUCUGUACCUGAGCUGGAAUAAACUAGGAGACUCAGGAGUGAAUCACUUAUGUGACGUACUAAAGGAUUCACACUGUAAACUGGAGAGAUUGAGCCUACAGUGCUGUGGCAUUACAGAUGUUUCUGCUUUAACUCAGUCUUUGACGAACUCAAAUGCACUGCAGUUUUUAAAAGAGCUUGAUCUGAGCGACAAUAAGAUCAGAGACUCAAAGCAGCUCAGAGACGUGUUACGAGACUCAAACUGUACAGGUGAAAUGGAUUGAGAAGAUCCUAGUCAGAGCUGAGAUGAAGCAAGAAUAAAGAAGUCUUUAGUAUAAGGGCUCAAUCAUGAUGAUAUUGGAAUUUAACUCAUCUAUAUUGAAGCAAUCAAAAUAUUACUAAUCAUAACUGUCAUUGCCAAAUUUGCCACUCCAACGUUUCAAGUGAUAUGACAUUGUUGUGUGCUACACAAUUUCUUUAUGCAUCUAAUAUGACUAUUGUGAGUCCCUAAACAAAUAUUUAGUCUGUUUACACUUUAGGACUGUGAUAUUAAUCAAAUUUUAUUUUUGAUUCUGGCUUCCAAGGAUUAUAAAAAGAAGAUAUUUGAGGUAAAACUUUAACUAUCCACGUUCCAUCUAGCGCAGCUUCCUUUUCUUCACAGCAGAGAGCUUUCCUUCCUUCCUAAAACACAAACUUCACGUCAGAAUCAGCUCAAUCUGUGAUAGUUGAAACUAAUACCGGCGAGAGAUGCUGUUUUCAACUUCAAGGUGGCUCUUGUGUGUGUGUGCGAGUGUGUAUGUGCCUCCCGAAGCGGCUCGCAAAAGACAAGCAAAUUAUACAUUAUGCUUUGUGUAAGUCUAAACUAUCAAAUAGAUGAUGUUAGUGUAUAUUAUUAGUAUGUAAUUAUUUUUAAAAACUUACAUUUUAUAUUUUGUAUAGCUGAUUCAUUUAAGAACAAAAAAUCUUGUUUUGUUAAUAAAAAAGAUUGUAUUGCA